UCGGCGAUAUGACAACAAUUGCGACAUAACCUAGAAAUGUUUGACGUAAAUAAAAGUGAAAAUGAUUUGGUGAAUGUGGACAGAUCUGUGAGUUUUUAGUGGGAAAUUUAAAGGAAGUUCCGAUCAUGUUGUCAAUUGUGAAGAUGGAUUUCGAUUCAGAUGUCGAAGUAUUGGAAGAAGAUAUCAAAACAGAGGUGAUUGAUAUCGACGAAAACUCAAAUGAAGACAAGAUAGAUCUAAAUAUACUAAAUAAUGUAGUACAUGAUCUAGAACUAAUACCCAUUGUUUACACGACAAAAUUGGACGAUAUGUUUGUGGGGAGAACUUUAUAUCCCAUUGGAUUAGACCCAAAAGAAGCUACCGCCAGGAUAAUAAAUGAAAGUAAACCUGUACUACGUACUAUCCCCGGACCUCCGAAAAAAGGACGAAAGAAUAAAAGGAGAUUUAGCGAAUUAGAAGAUACACUUCAAAGAAUAUAUCAUCCAAUCAAAAAAAUGGCAGUAACAGUAACAGAACCUGAUGUAUGUGAUAUUAGAAUUGAUUGUGUGAAAAGUGAAGUUACAGAUGAACCAAUUGUUGAAGUGAAAACUGAAGUUUUAGAGGAACAGUCUACAACAACGGCUCCCAAAGACACGUGUAAAUAUAGUGAACUUUUAAAACAGUGCAAACCGUGUAGUGUUUUACUUCCAGUACUAAUAGGAUAUGGGCAAGUGUUACAUGGCGGACAGUUGCUUAAAGCAAAUAAAGUACAACAACGUGGCGCAGUUAGUUCAUCGCUAAGCUCUUCGGAUGAUGAUGUACCAUUAAUAACUUUCCCGCCAGAUCUACUAAUAGAACGAGGAAAAAUACCCGAAAUCCCUAAAAAAUCAAUACAACCAAAAGUAAUUGAAAUUAAUAGUUUACAACGAAGAAAAUCAAAAGGUACUUCAUUUGAAAUAGCUCAACGUGUUUUGCGUAAUAGCUUAUUGGAAAUAGAGGACAUGUUUUCUAAUGAACAUUUCUUUUACUUCACUGAUAACGACGGUAAUUUAAUACACUGUUUCGAAAACCUUGUAAACAAGACUCUGUAUGAGGCGACAAGUUUACACGAGGCUAGGUACAAAAUAAGUAAUUGCUGCUGGGUCAAGAAGGAUGAAUUUGUUAUGUCGUUGUAUCCUAAAGUUCUUAAAUAUCCUAACGUGCGUUUCAUAAGAACGACACACCCGUGCAAGCCAGGUGCAUGUACUUGCUGCUGCCGCAAAAUAGAAGUCUAUAAGAAGCCUGAUGUAGAUUUUUCUAGCCAACAAUCAGUUCCUUCAUCUAGUAAAAAAUCUGCCGAUGAUGAUGUAGUUUGGGACUUGGAAGAAAAAAUUGAUGUAAGCAUCAUAAAUAUUAACAGAACACCGAAACUUAAUUCCAAUGAAUGGUUGAAUAAUAUUUUAACUGCAAAGCGCACUGAUGAUGUUAAAAAUAGUUUAAUAGGAAAAGCACUAAAUUAUAAAAAACCUCCGCCAGCAAAAUCGGCCGAUAAUAGACGUUUAGUGACAUUGAAAAAAGUAAAUUCGCAGAAUCCCGUCCUAGUUUUCCGCAACUAUGCUGAAGACUUCAUUGAAAUCUAUGAAGUAGAUUCUUUAGGAAACAUAGAAACUUAUUUAAGAACAACAUGCUAUAGUAACACAAGUCGGCCAGAUGUUGUAAAGUUAUUAAAGAAACGGACUGUAUCAACCGAAGCAGUAUGUUGCUGGUACAAACGAGAAGAAGUAAUUUCCAAACUCCAUGCGUCUAAUGCAUUGCACCCUGAUGCAAUAAAAUUUGUUAGAACCACUCACACAUGUCAGAGUAAAGAAUGUAAGUGUUGUUGCAAGCCCGCAAUAAAAACGGGAAUACAGCUUGACAAUAUACCUCUUCCAAAACGAAGCUUGCACAGCCUUUCAACCAUAAGUGCGUGGAGACCUGGCAAUCUUUCAGAGAAAGACGAUGACGAUUGCCAAAUUACUUCAGUAAUGUCUAGUCCGACACUUAAACAUUUACCACAGACAACUGGAAUACCAGUUACUAUAGUGCCUUCACUGAAAACGUUACCACAGAAUACUGCAGUACCAGUUACUGCAGUGCCUCCAAGCAUGUUCGUUACUGACGUUGUAGACAGUGACGAAUUGUCAAAGGAAGUCAACUCGCUGAUUACCUCCAUUUUGGACAGGUUUAAAGACGUGCGGCUUACUAUUAAUGGCGAAGGUAAAGUGGCUGCCGCCUUAAACACACCCGUUAAUACAUUAUCUACAGUAGAGCUAAAAGUCCUCGCUAAUAUACUCUCCUUUGCUCAAAGCCAAGUCAAUUUGUUGGGAUCGAAAGUAAGCUUAGGAUCGUCUUUGUGUUUAAGUAAUAUUAUUAAUCUUAAAGUAGACGACGUGCAAUCGAACGCAACAAUCGACCCCAACACUGUUUACAAAGAAUUUGGGAAAAAUGUAAACUUAAAUACAAGUAAUACAACACAAACACAAGCAAUACAACCAACUGUUGAAAAUAUGAACCCUCCAUCGGCAUUGCCGCAAGCUCCAACGACACCACAAACCUACACGUUCUUUACAGAUUCAAUGUCCUCGAAAAACCAACAAUUUAAUGAUGCGUUUUCCUCGUUCGUUAACUCAAAAAUAGAUGCAAACACUGAAACUGCGACACCGGUCAUUGAAAAUGUGUUUUCAUUAAAAGAGACUGAAACUGAAAGUGCUGAAGUAAAUUCUUCAUGUACAACCGUCUGGUACAGAAAGCCAGUGUCACAAUCUAGUUCUUUAACCUCAACUCCUUUUGCAAUGACAACCACUAAUAAUACAAGUAAAAAACGGAGCGACGACAGCAAACCAGAGACAGGACAACCUAAAAAAAUAAGGGUUAAGUCGCCUACGAAGUUAGGUGCAGUUACGACUAGCCCUCCAAGUAUUAUGACAGCAAAUAAACCAACACAACAAACUCCUCCGGGAGGAGGAGUUAUGCCAGGAGUUUACGUUUUGCCAAAUAAUAACUUCGUUGUUUCGUCUUUAGCUCAACCUCAAAUGGUCAAUAGCGUGCCCCCAGGGCAACCGCCAAUGCUUGUUAUAAAUCCUCUACUUAAUAAUGGUGGUACAAUAAUCCCAAUGAAUACUCCGAAUGGCGUCCAAUCAAAAAUACCAAUUAUCAUGAAUGCCUCUAAUACUACGUCACAAGUAAUAAAUACUGGAAAUAAUUAUAUAACAGUCGAAAAAGGUGUUCCGACUCAGGAAGCUGUUGCAGAGGUAACAGAAAACCAAGAUCCACUGAAUGACCCAGUAAUGGACAGUGUUCCAGAUAUGGACGAGGUUUCAGAAACUGUCUGCGUUCUAGAGGACGAGGGUCUAAAAACGGACAACGAAGAGGACAUGAACAAUGAUGAGGACAUAGAACUGAAAUAUUCUCCAGAGAAUACUGAAGAGGAAGAUUGUAUACUUGGUUUCUAAAGCAUGAUGAUCAAGGCUCAGAAAAACGCCCGUCAUUUUGAAAACAUAACCAUAAUUUUAGACCUGGUCACGGUCAGUCUAAAAGGUUCAUUCACAGUCUACGGACGUCAUUGGGGCUUAAUUUUAAUCGUUGACAUUGGUAAAAGGAAGUGUCUGUUGUAUGGAAAAGGGUGAUAUUUUCAAAAUGACGGGCGUUUUUCCGAGCCUUAAUGAUGAUUAGUAGUUUUCGUAAUAUUAAGGGAUCUCAGCGUAUUAGAUACAAUUUUUGUGUGGGAAAAAAA